AUUCAUUCGAAUAUUUUGUUUUGUUUUCGAAAUAAUCAUUUUCAAUCAUUUUGUUGAUUCUCUUUUUUUGAUCAUGGAACCAAUCGAUACUGUUGAUGAUAAUGAUAAAUGGUUGGCUCAUUUUAAACAUUAUCUAUCCAAAUCAUCAUUAUUCAUUGAACAUCAAUGUUCGAAAUCGAAGAAAAAUCAUGAUGAUGCAAUUAAUAAAAUUAUCGAUAAUAAUGGUGAUGAAUUGAACGAAAUUUCCGUGGAAAAAAUUACGAAUACGAAUUUGGAUCAAAAUAAUCAGGAUCGUGAUACGAAAAAAAUCGAUAAUCUUAUCGAUUUUGAUGAAAUUCAAAUGACCAAAUCGAAUGUUUUGGAAAAAUCGAAUGUUGUUGCUGUUGAACAACAACCAUCAUUAUCACAAUCGAUCAAAGAUUUGUUAGUAAUUUUGGAUCAAUCUAUUAAAACAUCACCGGUAAAUGAAACUACCGUUAUGAAUAAUGAUGAUGAUGGAUAUAAAUUUCAUAUUCAAUCAAAAAAUGUUGAAAAACCAAUAACCAUAACUGUAUCGGAUCAAAAGAUUGGUAAAAAAAUUGAUAAUUUUCUUCGUGUAACUGAUUUCGAAGGAUGUUUGGACAUGGAUGAUGAUGAUGAUUCGAUGAUGAUUAUUGAUCAAGCUGCUGGUGGUGGUGAUAAUUUGAAAACAUCCAAAACCAAAACAGCAGAAAUAAUUCGCUAUGAUCGAGAUUUUCUUUUACAAUUACGUUCGAAUCCAAAUCAGAUUAAUAAUCAAGCGAAAAAUCAAGAAAAUUAUUUAGAAAAUUUAAUGAAAUCAACAUUUGCAAAAGAUUUAUUCAAUGCUCGUUUAAAUUUAUUUCGUUUUCAUCAAUAAUUUCAAUUUUCCAUUGUAAAAAAUUGCUCAAAGACACCUGAACAAAGAAAAUCACACCUGAAUGAAAA